AUGGAAAUUGACGUUAGCACCAUCAUACUUGCUAUCGUGUUCUUUUUCCUGUUUUUCUCUUCACCAAGUGGCGACGGAGUUACAUCGCAAUACGAGUUUAAUCAACUUCAGACCUUGAAGGAUCAAUGGCAAAGCGAAUACGACGAGUUCCAGAAUAUAACUAUUGGCACAAACUUCCGGAACAUAACCGGAUGGAAACUUAGCUAUCAAGACGUGGAAUCGAAUCCUGAAAUCAAUGCCACGUAUCCCAUCGAAAACAAGGACUAUACGCACUGGUCUAAUACGCAAGAUUAUACGGUUUUACCGAAAGAUAUUUUGAAGCGUAUAUCGUCGAAGAUUUGGGUCGACGGUAAGAAUGUUUUUCCUCCUAAUAUUACGAGUACGCUUCAUGGUGCCAUUUCUUUGACGUCUAAUGACAAAUACGAACAUCUACCUAUGCCUGUGGCUAAUUUCUACGAACCGCCAGACGACUUUUCGCAGAGCAGACCAAAGCCUGGGGAACGGUAUCUGGAAGAUUGGCCGCAUUACGGCCAAACUCACAAUGUAACUUUUAAGCAUGGAGAGGUCGUGGUUCAAAUAUCGCAUGCGGACGCAGUUUCAUCCCGGUUUGACGGUAGAAAUCAAGAGUUCUUCAAUACUCAAAGCGACAAAUGGCGCAUGCUUCACAUGCAAAUCGAUUUCACAGACUCCUCAGAAAAGGAGAAACACACUAUGAGCUCUAAAGCCGUUUACGAUGUCGAAAAAGGUCGCAUAGUUGCCAUGUCACAGAGUGCAAAAUUCCACUCGCUUUUUGGCUAUCCGCAUUACAUGAGUUUGCUGGAAGACGAUGACAAGAGUUACGAUCAAGUUAAGAGACUUAUGAACGAAUAUUGGAACGCGUCCAACUACGUUGAUACGUUGAGCAUGAGGCAACUGCAGGAGGAGUACGAUGUGGCAAAUUAUAAAUGCGAAUUUAUGGCAUUCCUGCAAUUGGAACCUUGGGACAAAUUUACUCGCGACCAGAUCAAGGUGAUUGACCAAGAGCUCAUGUGGCCCACCGGACGAUUAACAAAUCUCUCCCAACUACCACCUGUGAACCUAGCGUCUGGUUUGCUUUAUUCGCCUGACUGUGGACUGAGCUUAGAAUUCAACAAUGUCAAGGGACCUCGUUACGAACUGCAGGUCAGACAAAUACGGAAGCAUUUGCUAGUGGGCAUUGCACUAUUUGCUGGCCAGAUUUAUUUACUGCUUUCCCAAAUGCAUCAUACCAACACACCUUCGGCCGUCAAUAAAAUGUCGUUUUGGUGCUUCUACAUGAUGAACCUUGUGGACGGGUCGCUGGCUCUCAUAUACCUUGUUGCAUCUAGCGCUCUCAUGGAGCUGUAUCUGCCAUUGAUUAUGAGUGCUUUUGCGUGUCUAAUUUUGGCAAUGAUAUUUGAAACAAGGUAUCUGGUGUCGAUAUACGCGUCUCAAGUCAACGAACGCAACGUCGGAAUUUUGACCCUAAUUCGCGGGAACAGAAACACCGAAGAAAUAACCGUGCCGACAACGAUACCUGACGAGGCUGCGAUCAGCAGUAGCAUAUAUGGCAGGUUCUUCUUCACUUUGAUGGCGUCCACUUUCCUAAUUUUAAGCGCUUUGACCUGGCCAAGGAACGUGCGCACGAUGUUCGAGUACACAUGUGUCAUCCUCUUGAAUUCGUACUGGCUUCCUCAAAUAAUUCGAAAUGCCAUUAAAGGCGGUGAGCCUAGAAGACAAAGAAAUAGACAUACUGAGACAAACCAGACAAACCAGGCAAACCCCACCCCUCAAGCACAAACCUCUAUGCCCUUGUUGUGGAGGUUCGUGCUAGGAACUUCUUUCAUAAGAAUAACGCCUGUUCUCUACGUUUUUACGUACUCGUCCAACGUUUUCCGGCAUCACACAGAUGUCAGGUUCGUGGUCAUCCUCUUCCUAUGGGUUCUAUUUCAGAUCGCGGUACUUUAUUCCCAGGACAUCCUCGGUGCCCGUUGGUUUUUGCCCAAAUCUACAAUUCCUGAGGGCUAUUCCUAUCACAAGGGCAUGGUUUCACAAGAUCUUCUUGAACAUGGCUGUACUGAGGACUACACAGUCGAAUGCGCUAUUUGCAUGAAUAACCUCCCCGUCUACGUUGAUGAUAUUCCAGAGACUCACAAUGUCGAUACUGCCACUUAUAUGGUGACGCCGUGCGAUCAUGUUUUCCACACAAGAUGCCUGGAAAGCUGGAUGAACUACAAAUUACAAUGCCCCGUCUGCCGAGCACCACUACCUCCGCUAUGA